UGGGUAUAGGGAGGGCCUGUGGGGGGAGAGAAGAGGAGGGCCACUUGGCCCUCUGUCCCAGGCCUGGCCCCCUGGCAUAGAAAGCUGUCCAGCCCCUCCUCAGUCACCCAUCUCCCAGGCUGGAGAAGAGCAGGCCCAAGGUUUCUGUUCUGCCUUUCAGCUCCAGGUUUCCUUGCACUCCACACAGACUGUUUCUCACCCAAUGGCAACUGUAAGCAAAGCCGUGGCCAUCUCUCACUGCUUCUCUCUCUCCUUCCACACCCUUUCCUACCCAGAGUGCGUCUUUCGAGGUCCUUUCAAGCACAUCCACUUUCUCAUUACCUCUUAACAGGUAUUCUGGUGGCAGCUAUUAAAAGUAACUUUGUUUCGCCCACUCUAUGAAGCUGUCCUCUUCCUGAUGUCCCCCACCAACCUUCUCUGGCCCUCAGCUUUCUGAGGGAGUCCCAGACUGCAACACACACACACACACACACACACACACACGCACACACGCACGUGUGCGCGCCUGUGUGCCUGCAGCCGUGACUCACAGGCAUGUUAUGAGAACAAAGCCUGGCAUGAGUCUCCAGGCCCCACAAACAACAGCUACCUCCCCUCACCCUGGGGCCAGGCUGCCCCUUCCCUGUGACAGCCCCCUCCCCCAGUGGCCUGGGUGGGCCCAGGGGCUGCCUUUUGGCCUAAAGCUCUCCUCUGGCUGUUGGCAGAGCUGACAGUCUCUGGAGGGAGGGGGCCCGGCGGGAGUGGGUGGAGGUGGCAGGAGGCCAGGCUUUGGCAGAUUCAGGUUCGGACAGGUUCGAUCUCCUUAAAAUGCCAAGUUGAGGGCCCUUAGUGCUGGCAUAUAAAUCCCCAUUCUGAGCACCUGGUCGGUUCCUUUCCUUCCUGAGUCUCCCUGCCUGCUGGUCUGACAGGGCUUUGGAGAGGCAUUCUGGGGCACGAGGGCAGAAGUGCACCCUGCAGGCUGGGCUGAGGCGUCUCCAUCACCUGCCACCCCUUUGGCCCCAGAUCCAAGAUGUCCACUCCUCUGGAGCAGGCGUUGGUUGCGAUGGUUGCCACCUUCCACAAGUACUCUGGCCAAGAGGGUGACAAGUUCAAGCUGAGUAAGGGGGAAAUGAAGGAACUUCUGCACAAGGAACUGCCCAGCUUUGUAGGGGAGAAGGUGGAUGAGGAGGGUCUGAAGAAGCUGAUGGGCAACCUGGAUGAGAACAGCGACCAGCAGGUGGACUUCCAGGAGUACGCGGUGUUUCUGGCCCUUGUCACCGUCAUGUGCAAUGACUUCUUCCAGGGCGCCCCCGACCGACCUUGAUCCAGAGCUCUCCGCUCCCUGCCCUUGGUCCCUUGGGCUCAGGAGGACUUUCUCUCUCUGUCAGUUUUGUACUCAAUAAACGAUUUUGUUUGUCGAUAAUA